AUGGCUCAGUACAUCGGGAAGACGAUUUCUCUGAUCUCCGUAACUGAGAACAGAUACGUGGGUCUUUUGGAAGGUAUUGACUCCGAAAAGGGUGUGGUUACAUUGAACAAAGUACGUUGCUUUGGCACCGAAGGCCGGAAGCAAUGGGGUCCCCAAGAAAUAUAUCCUAAUCCCAACGUGUAUGAGACAGUUGCAUUUAAUGGUAACGAUGUAAAAGAUUUGAGUAUUUUGGACAUUGCGUUAGAAGAGGUUCAGCCUGUGUUACCACCGCCUCAAGUAUUGGCCCAACAGCAGCAGCAACAGCAGCCGCAACAACAACAACAACAACAACAACAACAGCAACAACAAAAACAACCUCAGCAACAACAUCAGCUACAAUCAGAGCAACAGCAGGUUUCUCAAGAUGUCGCACACGCCCCACAAACUCAACAAAGUCAUGCACACCACUCACCACGCGCAGAGGUGCCCGCUGCCAUGGCAGGAUACGGUGUUUACGCCCCGUCUUCCACGGCUGCGGCCGUUGAGCCAACUACAGCCAAAAAUACGGGAUCUGUCAAACAACAGUCUCAACAGCAGUCGCAUUCAAACAGAUCCAGAGAGGCCAAUACAGGCCUCAAGCCUUCUGCGAAGGUCAAACAAGACGCAACACGUAGAGUGGAUAUUCCAAGCGAAGAUUUCGAUUUUCAGUCCAAUAAUUCUAAACUUGACAAGAAAAAUGAUCCCACCAAAUCUCAGCAAAUCUCCACUGAACAGGAUCCAAAGAACGACGAAGCCUUCUACAACCGUACAUCCUCCUUCUUUGACACCAUCUCCACUUCAACCGAGACAAACACCAAUAUGAGGUGGCAGGAAGAGCGCCAGCUAAACAUGGAUACCUUUGGGCAAGCAAGUGUUGGAAAUAGGCGCGGUCGCGGCGGCUUUCGCGGAGGACGAGGCUCGCACCGUGGACGUGGAAGCCAACGUGGAGGCAAUCGCGGAGGUUAUCGUGGUGGGUUCAGAAGAAACGAAAACUCCGACUUUGCCAAUGAAAAAAUCGAGUUUUAG